AUGUUGAGAUCAGUAUUUAGAACUGCGGGACUAUUGUCUUCUGACUGUGGUCUGCUGAUUGAUUUUAAAAGGUGGUUGAAGAUGUCUCUACACAGCUCCUUCCUCCUGCUCCUCUGUGCUUCUCUCCUGCCUCAUCUGAUGCCCGCAUUGCCCUUUGAGCAGAGAGGAUUCUGGGACUUUGCACUGGACAGUUUUGACAGCAGCGACAUAACGAUGAUGAUGAGGGAUGAAGAGGAAGGCUCUGCUGUAGAGGAGACCCCCGCUCCUGGCCCCUCCAUGUGCCCCUUUGGCUGUCACUGCCGCCUCAAGGUCGUCCAGUGCUCAGACCUGGGGCUGAGUGAAGUUCCUAAGAAUAUCCCCCCAGACACAAAGUUCCUGGAUCUGCAAAAUAACCGAAUAAGAGAGCUCAAAGAAGACGACUUCAAAGGCCUCACGCACUUAUAUGGUUUGUCUCUGAGGAAUAAUCAGAUUUCCAAAGUGCAUCCAAGGACUUUUGUGCCAUUGAAGCAGAUGCAAAAGCUGUACUUCUCCAAGAAUCUGUUGACCACCAUCCCCAAGAAUUUGCCAGCAUCUCUGGUUGAGCUCAGGAUCCACGAGAACCGCAUCAAGAAAGUGGAAGCUGGAGCCUUCUCAGGACUCAUCCACAUGAACUGCAUUGAAAUGGGAGCCAACCCAAUUCACAACAGUGGCUUUGAGCCGGGAGCCUUCAAAGGACUCAAACUAAAUUAUUUACGCAUUUCUGAGGCCAAGUUGACAGGUGUACCAAAAGAUCUUCCAGAGAGCCUCACAGAACUUCACUUGGACCAUAACCAGAUCCAGGCCGUGGAGCUGGAGGAUCUCAAACGCUACAAAAACCUCUACAGGCUUGGACUGGGCUCUAACCACAUCAGGAACAUAGAAAAGGGAAGUCUCUCUUUUCUAACUUUGCUUCGAGAGCUGCACCUGGACAACAACCGCCUGAAUCGAGUGCCACGAGGUCUCCCAGACAUGAAAUACUUACAGGUGGUGUAUCUUCACACAAAUCACAUUGACCAGGUGGGAGUGGACGACUUCUGCCCCAGAGGAUUUGGGAUGAAGAGGACGUUCUAUAAUGGCAUCAGUUUGUUUGGAAAUCCAGUCAAUUACUGGGAGGUCCAACCUGCCACUUUUCGCUGCGUCAGUGACCGACUUGCAAUUCAGUUUGGCAACUACAAAAAGUGA